AUGCCUGGCAUUCCUCUGGGCGCCCUUGACAACUUGAAGGCCAAGCUCAAGGCCGCCUUCAAAAAGAAGAGCGAUUCCAAGCCUCAAGCUGCAAACCCCGCCGAGAGCAAGACUGACGCUACGAAGCCUGCUGAGGCUGCCGCCGCUGUCCCAACCACUGCUGCGACUCCCGCAACGGAGACAAAGCCAGAAGCACCAGCUCCUGCCGCUGAAGCUGCACCUGCUACCGAAGCUCCAAAGGACACCGCCAAGACUGAGACUACGCCAGCGGCCACGGCCGAAGCUACCACAACGGCGGCUACCAAGACCGAAGAAGCCGCUGCUCCAGCUCCUGCCGCUGCUGCCACUGAGCCCACCAAGGCGGAAGCCACUCCAGCGGUUGAAGCCGCAAAGAAGGAGGAGCCAGUUGCUGCUGACGCCACUGCCACCCCGGGCAAGACAACGUAG